UGCCUUGCAAAUAAACGCGGGAAACGUUAUACGUCCGAACAAACCACUCCUUCUCUCCUCUUAGCUAGUGUGGGAGCAUUAUUUCUUGUAUCAUACGAUAGAAUGGCUGCUGCGGCUCUCACAUCAGAAGCUAGGAUUACCAGAGCUGUGGCACCGAAGCUAAUUGCUUUAUCAUGGAUCAUAUCUAUGCUACUAUCUUUACCGUGGAUUAUAAAAAGAGAAUUUAAGGAACGCCAAUGGAAGAAUUUUCUUGAGAUGUACUGCGUAGAGGAUAUCAAUUUUCUCGAGAUAUACUGGCAUUUUAUUAUAAUAAUGAUCGUUUGGCUUCCAUUAGGCGUUAUGAUAGUAACAUAUGGUGCUAUUCUUUGGCGACUUGAAUGGAGCGCUCGGGAACUAGCCUCUCGGGGCGGAGGGCAGACAAUAUCCAGAGCAAAGGGAAAAGCUAUGCGAAUUACUGCUUUUGUUUUGCUCGCUGCCGUUGUAUGCCGGCUGCCUUACACUGUUCUCGUGUACUGGAGAAACAACAUGCCAAGAAGUAUUAAUGCUGUUGAAGGUGCAUAUGAAAUUGUGUGGUUUACAGCAAAUUUCCUUUUGUAUUUGAAUUGUGCUAUCAAUCCUCUUAUCUACGGCUUCACAAAUACUAGAUUCAGGAAUGCAAUGGACCGGACUCCCGGACUGGCGUGCUUUCGAUUUGGAUACUGGUGCUGCUUUUGUAGCGCAACUGUCAAGAAAACGAAGGAACUGGAAAUCCACAAUCCCGAUCGGAUUUAUAUAAUUGAUAAUGUGACUCCAAAGCCAAAUAGGAAACUCUCUCACGCGAUCAAGAACUUCUUGCAUUUUAACAAGCAUACAUUAGAAUUGAGUAUUCCGAAAGUAGAUGAACCUACUACGAAGCCAACGAGAGUGACUCCAUUAAGAAUUGAACAGUUCAAUUAG